AUGGCGCUGUCCAUGAGCGCGGCGCUGCUGCGCUGGGCGGCCCGGCGGCCGCUCUGGGCCCAGGUGUCCCCCGGCGCCCUGGCCCGGCCCUGCAGCACCGCGGCGGCCCCGGAGACCCCCAAGGAACAGCCGGAGUUCGACACCGUCUCGCGCUACAAGGACAAGCCCUGGGAGUACCUGGAAACUGAGGAGUACCACGCGACGUACGGUGACAAGCCCGUCUGGUUCGGCUACAGGCGCAACCACAAGGGCUCCGUCCCGCCGCAGCGGACGCGCAAGGCCUGUUUGCGCAAGGGCAAGCGGGUGGGGAACCCCUGUCCCAUCUGCCGCGACCGCAACCUCUUCCUGGAUUUCCGGAAUGUGAAGCUCCUGGACCAGUUCAUCUGCCCCCACUCGGGGGCCAUUUAUCACCCCACGUACACGGGCGUGUGCAUGAAGCAGCACAAGGCGCUGAGCAGGGCCGUGGAGCAGGCCCGCGACCGCGGGCUGCUGUGGCCGCCGGUGCCCUACGUGGCGGCGCCGGCCGCCGCCAAAAAGGGCAACGUGGGGCCAAAACGGCUGACACGGGGCCAAAAUGGCCGACGUGAGGACAAAAGAGGCCAAUAUGGGGCCAAAAUGGCGGACACGAGGCCAGAAGGGCCAACGCAGCGUCGAAAUGGCCGAUGUGGGGCCAAAAUGGUCGACAGAAAGACAAAAUGGCUGAUGCGAGGCCAAAAUGGCCGACACAAGGACAAAAGAGUUGUCACAAGCCAAAAUGGCCAAUGA